AUGGCCGGCCGACAGGUGCCGCAAUUAGCCUUAAAUUGUAGUAAAUACUUGCUGCUGAAUUGUAAAAAAACAACCACGCCCCCAUCAUCAUCAUGCUUCAUACACAACUGUCAACUUGUCGCAAGCACACGCUUCACUCAUAGUUCAGUUUUGACCAUGCCACAAGGCGAAGCUUUCUAUCGCGCUGUUUCGCAAGUACUUUUUAUCUCACAAAUCUAUGGUCUGCUGCCUGUGAAUAACAUUCGUUCGCUCGAUGACGAGAAUAUCAAAUUUCGCUGGCUUAGUCCACGCACGUUUUACUCGGCCAUCAUUUUGUUGCUCAAUUGUUGCGAAUUUGGCACAGUUUUAAACUAUGUCGUUGAGGUGGGCAUUAAUUUUCACUCUAGUAGCUUGGCUCUUUAUAUUGUGUGUCUGCUGGAGCAUGUGUUCUUCUGGAAAUUGGCCAUCAAUUGGCAACGCAUAAUGAAGCAUUGGCAUCGCGUGGAGCAGCUCUUUCUAAGUAUACCUUAUCGCUUCUAUGAUGAAUACAAAAUGAAGCGACGCAUUAACAUUGUGGUGGGUCUCAUUAUGUCAUCUGCUUUGAUUGAACACUUUUUGCUGCUGGCCAAUUCUUUUCACUUGAGCAAUCUGGAACGCACACAGUGCAACAUUAAUGUGAGCUACUUGGAAGGCGUUUACAAGUGGGAGAGGCCGCAUCUCUACAUUAUCUUGCCCUACAAGAUCUGGCUGCUGCCUUUCCUGGAGUGGAUCAACGAGACUAUUGCAUAUCCUCGCUCUUUUACUGACUGCUUUAUCAUGUGCAUUGGCAUCGGCCUCGCUGCACGUUUCCAUCAGCUGCAUCGUCGCAUUGCCGCCGUGCACAAGAAAAUAAUGCCUGCGGUCUUUUGGACAGAAGUGCGACAACAUUACUUGGCUCUGAAGCGUCUGGUGCGUCUUCUAGAUGCAGCAAUUGCGCCACUUGUGCUGCUCGCCUUUGGCAAUAACAUGUCCUUCAUCUGCUUUCAGCUAUUCAACAGUUUCAAAAACAUUGGCGUGGAUACCAUUGUCAUGGUUGCCUUUUGGUACUCGCUCAUCUUUGCUGUUGUACGCACCACUUUGACCAUUUUUGUCACGGCUUCCAUCAAUGAUUACGAACUCAAAAUAAUUACUGCGCUGCGCGAUGUGCCCUCCAAGGCGUGGACCACAGAGGUGCAACGCUUUAGCGAACAACUGGGCAAUGAUAUGACUGCGCUCUCUGGCAAUGGUUUCUUUUAUCUAACUCGUCAACUAGUGCUUGCUAUGGGCACCACAAUAAUUACGUAUGAGCUGAUGAUCUCCGAUGUCAUUAAUCAGGGCUCCAUUCGGCAGCGAACUGUUUAUUGCUAA